AUGGCGUACGUUCGUGAGCCGCGUUCGCCGAGUCCUACAGCGCGGAGACGACAUCGUGGCCCGGUUACUCACCCGCCAUUGACGGCAUUCGAAGGGGAGCCAGCGGAGGCACACCGCAGUCAUCGCGGCAGCGCAUUGAACGUACUAAUAGAUGCCAGUGCAUCGGUUGCAGCAGACGAUCUAUGUCUAUUUCUGCGUAAGGCUAGACGCAAAUUACGCGAUGGAAUAUUUGUCACGGAGCUAAGAUUAAGUCGAGUCAAAAGUCUUGGUACUGUACUCAAACAAAAGGACCCCGAGCUACGUUGUACAAAACAUAUGCGUCAGCUAUAUAUUGGAUUCCAACCAGAGUAUCUAGAACUGACAACACAAUAUAGCAUCGAAACAACUCUUCAUCUUUCCGCCAUUGAUCAAAUCAAAUGCUCAGCCAAAGCAGAACCAUUCCGAAGACACAAACAAGAUAAUGUUCUCAACGACAAAUGUUGCCUACUCAUCACCAGCUCAGCCGGCGACCAAAUCUGUCUACUCUUCACAAAUGAAGAAGAUCGUAGACUUACACAAUUCCACUUACGUGUUGAAAGGGCUGCCGUCGUACAACGCUACCAAGGAAUCGAAUCCGAUUACCUCCAGCUACUCAAAGACAACCAUAUCAACGACGUCGGUCUUGCACGCUCCGUUCUAACACCGUCUUUGCCUCAAACACCCAACGCAAAGGCCAAAGCUAAAGCAAAAGCACAAACCUCACGGACUUAA